AUGGGCCUUCUCUCACUCGGAAGAAAAAGGCCUCCGACGGGGAAAAAGGUCGAUGAUGACGUGUCAGAUACCGAUUCGGUAUCAGCCCCAAGCCUCGCCACGACAGGCCCCGGUAGUUCCUCUCGCGACUCCUCCCCAGCCAAACCGUCCGCCGCGUCCGGAGACGCCAGCCGGACGGGAGUUAAGGACGUGCCUCGCCGGCCGGGUUCCGCCGCGGCGAAAGAAGCGCCUCACACAGUGAACAUCCUUAAAAAGACGUACGAGAACGUGCAAUACUUCUACGUCAUGGGGAAGGAGUUAGGUCGCGGGCAAUACGGCGUGAUCCGGCUGUGCACGGAGAAAGCGACGGGGUUGUCGCUGGCGUGUAAGAGCAUUAAUAAGGCGAAGCUGGCGGGGACGCGGGAGGUGGAGGAUGUGCAGAGGGAGGUGAAGGUGAUGGAGCUGCUUAAGGGCCACCCCGCCGUGAUCGAGCUGCGCGCGACUUACGAAGACCAGAAGCGUGUGCACUUGAUCAUGGAGCUGUGCGAAGGCGGCGAACUCUUUGAGCGAAUAAGCAAGCGAAAGCAUUACCCGGAGAACGAGGCGGCGGAGGUUUGUCGCACGCUCGUAUCGGUCGUUGCGCACUGCCAGUCGCACGGGCUCAUGCAUCGCGAUCUCAAGCCCGAAAACAUUCUGCUCGUCAGCCAAUCGUCGCACACGCGAGUCAAAGUCGUCGACUACGGCCUCGCGGUUUUCGUCAAACCAGGUGCAAAACUCACCACAAUGGCGGGCAGCGCGUACUACAUAGCGCCAGAGGUGCUGAACAACUGUUACGGGCUGGAGGCGGACAUGUGGAGCGUGGGGGUGAUCCUCUACAUCCUGCUGUGCGGCCUGCCGCCCUUCUGGGCGGAGAAGGAGGAGGGCAUCUUCGCGGCCAUCAAGACGGGCAAGAUCGACGUGUUCACGGGCGUGUGGGAGGGCGUGUCGCAGGACGCAAAGGACUUGGGGACGGGCAAGAUUGACGUGUUCACAGGCGUUUGGGAGGGCGUGUGGGAGGGCGUGUGGGAGGGCAUGUCGCAGGACGCCAAAGACCUCGUGAUUAAGCUCCUUACCCGGGAUCCGUCCAAGCGGAUCACACCAGACAAGGCAUUGGGUGAGUGGAGGGUGGUGGUGGGAUGGGUUAUAGGAGAUGCGGAAUCACUACCUGAAGUGGAUGCAGGGCGUGUGGGAGGGUGUGAGGGAGGGAGGGUGUGUGUGUGGGAGGGAGGGCGUGUGGGAGGGAGAGUCCCACCGCUGGUGGAAGCAGCACGCGGGGGCAGCUCGUUUCCCCUCCUCCUCCCUCCUCUCUGGGAUCCAACUUUGAGUCAACUGAAGAUAAAACUCCUGUAUUCCCCUCCUCUCCUCUUCCCCUCCUCUACCCCCCCUCCCCCCCUCUCUCCCCCCUGUGCAGCCCACCGCUGGUUGAAGCAGCACGCGGGCGCAACCCGCUUCCCCUCCUCCGCCUCCCUCUCCGGAAUCCCCCCCAAGCCCGCCACUGCUGACGUCAUGGGCGCGUUCAGGCGCGACAGCAGCGUCAGCAGCAGCACAGGGGGGAGCGCGCGCCCCAGCUCCAGCAGCGGGGCGGGCGCAGGGGGAGGGGGAGGCGGAGGGGGGGCGCACCACCAUCAUCACGCAGGGGGGGGCGGGGUGGGGGGACUGGCGGGGGUUCUAGCAGGGGGAGACUCGUCCUUGCUUUCCAAAGCGAUUCUCUCCCUUAAGAAAGUUGGCAGUGGCAGCGGUGGCGGGGGCGGCGGGGGAGGAGGAGGAGGAGGCGGGGAGGGAGCCCAUAGCGAUCUGCUAAUGCUUCUAGAAGCUCUGAAGAAAAAGGUGGGGGACGGGGGGGUGGCAGGAGCAGCAGGGGGAGCAGGACUCCCCCCUCCUAUAGUGCCUCGAUCGCGAAGCGUGGGCAUGAGUCGUAGUGGGUCGUUAUCAGGAGCUGAAUCCGAUGCUGACGGUGCUGCUGGGAAAGACAGACGGUCGGCGUCUGCCCGGCACGGCUCCGGAUUGGUCGGGGCAGACGACGAAACUUCCGAAGCUGCCCUGCAGGCGUUUCUCGCGGCUGCCCGGGAGGUGCUGAGGAAAGAUGGGGGGGAGGGAGGGGGGGGAGGUGCGGGAGGGGAGGAACGAUUGGCAAAACUUUUAGCUAAGCUCGAAGCAACGGGCGGUGGAGGAGGAGGGAGGGAGGAUCGACCGGGGUUACCUAGGGGCGGCAGCACGGGGGGGGGAGGGGCGGCAGGCCGGCCGAAGCUGCCGCCCUCCCGGAGCACAAGAGACGCGUCGGAUCAUGAGGGGGAUGACGACGGGCGGCGGAUCAGAAAAGAAGUCAAGCUUCCGUCGUCUGCUUCUGUGUCUGCUGCUGACGCUGGGUCGAAACUUUUACGGCACCGGUCGGAAAAUGUCGGGGCGAUUUUGACCAAGGGAGGGAAGCCCGGGCAGCCCGGAAAAUCUAUGGAGGAGAUUUUUGCGGAUAGGGAUAGGGAGAGGGAGAGGGAGAGGGAUGGGAAAGAGAAGGACGGGGAGGACACGAGGAAGAAAGGAGAGGAGGAGGAGCCGGUUCGGCCAAAGCGAACGUUGCGGCGCGGGCUUUCGUCUGCUAGUGUGUCUUUCGACCCGGAGGUUGAUGGUGGGGAGAAAGGAGGAGGAGAGGCGGGGGAGAAGGAGCGGGAGCGAGUCGGGAGGGAGAGCCGAGAGAGCCGCAGCGGAAGCAGCGCCAAGGGAAGGGACUUGGAGCGCUCUCCCUCACCUCCUCCCGCUUCCUCUGCUGCUGCUCCCGGUGCCGCCAGCGACGAAUCACAUGACGAGAAGGAGGGUGCUGGUGAGGAUGGUGGUGCGGGAGCAAAGGGGGGAGCAGCGGGGGCGAGGGGCAUGUCUCGGGUAUCGGAUAAGGCUAAGAGUGCCAAGGAGCGGUUGGAGGGGAACAGCUUGUUUCGGCACAAGUCGACCAACGUUUCUGCUCUUGUUCCGGUCCGGGACGGCCGCGACGGGCGAGAUGGGAGAGACGGGAGGGACGGGAGGGAGGGGAGAGAGGGGAGAGAUGGGUCGGCAAGAGGUGGUGGGGGAGCAAGGCCUGUUUCUCCUCUAUUGGAUGAAUCUUCUCGCUCCCGUCCGUCUAAUCGGGGAGGAAUAGGAGCUCCGCCGUCCCCGACAGCCAGUGUGAGCAGCCGAGCGGGCGGCGGCGGCCGGCGUGUUUCGGCUACUAAUGGCCUGGUCCGGCGGAAAUCGGCAGAUGUGGGGAAGCUGUUGGAGGAUUUGGGCGGCGACGGGGGGAAGGAUGCCGGGCGGGACGGGGCGGAGAGCACGAGCAGCGGCGGGCGGAAAUCGGCUGCUUCUGGCGGCUCGUCUGCUUCUCGGAGGCGGCCGAGUCGGGAUUUUGAUGACCUGGCGCGGACGGGCGGAGUUGUAUUUUCUGUGUCGGCGGGCGGCGGACUGAGUCCCCUUAAGGCGCCUAAAAUGGUGGCGCCUUGGAAAAGAGAUGAGAACGGGGAGGAGGAGGGAGACGGAGGAGCGAGGGAGAUGGGUCGGGCAGAUAGGGAUAGGAGUGGAGGGAGGAGUGGGGGGAGGGAAUGA